UUUUCAUGACGUAGUGCAACACCCGCUGUUCCUGGUGACGUUCCACACAGUGUCUGUCUGGUGUGGGUUUAUUAUGGCGGCGCUGAAGUGAAUGGAAGUGGGUUUCGAUUAACUUAAACGCGUUUUUUUGUGACUUGUGAGCUGCAGCGAGGAUGUCGAACAGGACCGCUUAUUUCUACGAUCCCGACGUGGGCAACUUUCAUUACGGUGGUGGGCACCCCAUGAAGCCACACCGCCUGUCUCUCACACACAGCCUGGUCCUGCACUACGGACUCUACAAGAAAAUGAUGGUGUUCAAGCCGUACAAGGCCUCUCAGCAUGACAUGUGCCGCUUCCAUUCGGAGGAUUACAUCGACUUCCUGCAGAAGGUCAGUCCCAACAACAUGCAGGGCUUCACCAAGAGUCUGAACGCCUUCAACGUGGGAGACGACUGUCCUGUGUUUCCAGGAUUGUUUGAGUUCUGUUCAAGGUACACGGGAGCCUCGCUGCAGGGAGCCAUACAGUUAAAUCACAAGAUCUGUGAUGUCGCUAUCAACUGGGCUGGAGGCCUGCAUCAUGCAAAAAAAUUUGAAGCAUCUGGUUUCUGCUACGUGAAUGACAUUGUCAUCAGUAUACUAGAGCUGCUGAAGUACCACCCCCGCGUUCUGUACAUUGACAUUGAUAUUCACCAUGGCGACGGGGUACAGGAGGCCUUUUACCUCACUGACCGUGUCAUGACUGUAUCCUUCCACAAGUAUGGGAACUACUUUUUCCCAGGGACAGGUGACAUGUACGAGGUGGGAGCUGAGAGUGGCCGGUAUUACUGCCUGAAUGUUCCUCUUCGAGAUGGAAUAGAUGAUCAGAGCUACAGGCUCCUCUUUCAGCCGGUGAUCAAACAGGUGGUAGACUUUUAUCAGCCUACUUGUAUUGUUCUACAGUGUGGGGCUGAUUCUUUAGGCUGUGACAGACUGGGCUGCUUUAACCUCAGCAUAAGAGGUCACGGGGAGUGUGUGGAGUUUGUGAAGAGUUUUAAAAUCCCCCUGCUGGUGCUGGGAGGUGGAGGGUACACAGUCCGCAACGUUGCACGAUGCUGGACGUAUGAGACCUCACUGCUCGUAGAAGAACCAAUAAGUGAUGAACUGCCUUACAGUGAGUACUUUGAGUAUUUUGCUCCAGAUUUCACUCUGCACCCCGACGUCAGCACCAGGAUAGAGAACCAGAACUCCAGACAGUACCUGGAUCAGAUCCGACAGACCGUGUUUGAAAACCUGAAGAUGCUGAACCACGCGCCCAGCGUCCAGAUCCAUGACGUUCCCUCGGACCUGCUGAGCUACGAGCGCACAGACGAUCCCGACCCCGACGAGAGGGGCUCCGAGGACAACUACUCCAGGCCUGAGGCAUCCAAUGAAUUUUACGAUGGUGACCAUGACAACGACAAAGAGAGCGACGUGGAGAUCUGAUUGGCCAGUCCUGAAAAGGAAGUUGAUUUGGUGGAUCAAAGAGGAAGUGUGCUCAUGGUCAGAACUGAGCUCAGGAAGGGGCAAAAUAAAUAUUCAGUGGCUUUACCUACCCCCCCACCCCCCAGAAAGAACAUUUCCAUUCCUAGAACUAGGGCUGCAAUUAAAUGAAAAUAUGCUUUAACCAGUACAGUCAAACCAAGACACAUUGUUUACAUGCUUCUUUAAUGAAAUACGUGUCUGUGGCCAAACCACCACGGGGUCAGUGGAGGAAUUUGAAAAGAAGUGAAAAGUAGAACCGUGUACACCACCAUUUAUUUCCAAGCACAGCAAAGGAAGCACUAUCUGAUCAUAAUGCAGAACAAAACAAAUCGGAGAUCUGUAUGUUGCCUCAAAUAGACGUGGAUCGAGAUAAUGGGGUUAUUAUGCAAGAAUAGAUGAACUGUGCUGAAGGCUUGGUAUGAUAAUCUGUCUGCUGAAUCUGUGGUUCAAUGAACCUAAAAGAAUGCAGUCCUUGUUUCUGCUGUAGCGUGUGUUUAUAUGAAAAACAAAGUCCCAAAAACGUAUGAAUGGAAGCCCCAGCCCUGAAUGUUUACCCAUAGCAGCUGCCAUGUACCAAGAGCAACUCUGUUUUGCUCAGAAUAACCUGAUGGACCUGUGCCAGGCUGAGCCUGUGGAACAGAGUUCUGCACCGACAAGAGUUAAAGUGAGCAUCCUGAACAUUAGAACAGGAAGCAAGAACGGGUUAGUUACAUUGUGUAUGGAUUUUUAGAUCAUGUCCUUUGUAUUAUUAUUGUGUGACAAUGUUUUUUUUUUUGGUGAGAUGCACCACCCACUCGAUAUCGCGGGUGCCGGGGUCCAAUAAAAAUCUGCUAUAUAUCGAGAGACCCAUAGAAAAACGAAACAGGCUAACACAUACUGUACAGCCACUCCCUCGUUUUAUCAGGGGCGCCAGGGUCCAGUAUAAAUCCUCUACGCAACCUGCUUUGUAAUUUUUCCAAUAAACAGCAGCACACUGUUUUAAUUUGUACUGUGAAGGGUACUUGCUUCUCAUCAACUUCUGUCUCCACUUAAUUUCAUUUAUCUUCCUCUCCUUUCGCUGACGUCACUGCCUUGUGACUUGUGCUAGUGCAUUGCUGCCACACGUGAACACCUCGCUGGCUAAAAUAAAAACCGCUUCAGCAAGAAGAUAUUUAAUUUGCUUUGUGUUCUUGUUCAAUACAUGUGUAUAUGAUAGCAGUACAAUAUUAAUGCUUUGUUUUUAAUUGUUUUGUAUGUUGUUGUUUGUGAUGUGCAGGACGAAAUAAAACAAACAGUAAUUCUAGGUGCCUAUGUAUUGUAGCUAAGGCAUGCACAGUUAAAUUGUAAAAAUGGGGAUCCAACUCCAGGACCGCGAUCUAUCUGAAUACUCUGUAUAGCGUUUAUUAAACUGCACUGUUGUAGGGCU